ACUAGAAAUAAUUAUUAUUGUCUUGGUUUGGCUAGACUAGAUUUAGAUCUAGACUCUAGAUUCUCUACAUCUGUAAUAUAGAAGAUAUCUAGAUCUAGUGAUCUACACUUAGAUCUAAACAAUCUUGAUCUAGCGGUUUUUCUAGCGCAUAUUUUAGGAUUUAAUAAUUAGAUAUCUUAGUUACUGUCUAACUAAACUGAAAACUGUAAACCAAGUCAAGUGGCAAGUCAAGCCUUUACUUUUGGCACUAUAAGUGACUAUUGCCUUUGCAUUGAAAUUGAAGUGAAGCCACUCACGGUGCGGUGUCGGUGCUACCAGUAGUAGUGGUAGAUCUACUACUGGAGUGCUGCCCACUGCUGAUUGCCAACAGUAUGACUGAACUAAGUCUUAGACUAAGGUCUAAGCGCCAAUUGUUCUUCCUGCUAGCAGCUGCCUCCUUCCUGUGCUUUCUCUACAUCAUUAAUAUCCGAGUACUUGUGUUCCCAUCUUUUUCGCUGACCUGCAACACUUCUUUUCCGUCCUUGCACAGGAGCUAUGACGUGUGGCCAGACUUUCAUAUUAAAGUUUUUGACCACGAAACUUUUAAGCAAGAAUGUGUUCCACAUGGAGAGUAUACCAUCUCUGGCAUUCCAGACCUUUUACCUGCAUGGUCUAGGUCUCAUAACAGUCACUGUAGGGAAUUGUAUGACAAAUUUACAUGCAUCUAUGCUGUGGAGAAACGUCAGGGCACUGUCAAAAUACCAGACAGUUUUGUGUUGAAAGUGAAAGACUGGCUUGGAAACAACAAUGAACUUUAUCAAGAGUUGUAUAAACAGAAUAUCAUCCAUGUGACCAAUAUGUACACAAGGGAGACCACUGUAUUUAAUCCACUCAGAGACAAAAGACCAGUCACCAAACCAAAGGAAUCUGAAGAAGAUUAUCUGGUCAGAAUCACAAGGGAAUCUGCCAUCAAUUGUGACUUUUGUAAAUAUAAAAAUUACACUGCAGAACAUGAGUUUGGUCGCCUUGAGUCUGACCUGUCCUUCUCAGCAUCCAACAUUUUUAUGCUUGACCGGCUUCAUGCAGUCAUCACCAUCAAAGAUCAUGACCCUGUUAAUUGGAGUUAUGAGCAGUACAUGGACAUGAUGCAGUUGACCAAUACAUGGUUGGACAGGGCGUUUCAAAAUGAGCCAACUGCAAAAUUUCCCGCCAUUAUUUGGGAUCUUUUGCCCAAAUCUGGUUCUAGUCAGCUACACCCACACAAUCAAGUUUUUUUAAGCCCUACUAGAUAUCAAGGUAUGGUGGAGGCCUGGAGAAGGGCAGCACAGGACUAUUUUAGUGACCAACACAGCAACUAUUUCACUGACUUAAUUACAAUCUACUCAGCCUUGGGACUGGCUGUACCUUAUAAAUCUGCUGUUGCUUUGGCCAGUUUGACUCCAAGGAAAGACAAUGAAGUUGUGAUCAUAGCUCCUGAGGCUGGUGAUGACUUUUUCCAGCUCAUCUAUUAUGUAUUAAGAGGUUUCAUGGAUGAUUUAAAGAAAUUUUCCUUCUCAUUAGGUGGAGGAUACCCUGCUAUGGAUAAAGAUGACAAAGUUGGUAGAAUUCCAGCAUUUGUUCGAAUCAUCACACGAGGAGUAACCACAGAAAUACGUACUGACAUUAGUGCGUUGGAGCUCUUUACUGCUACCAAUGUCAAUAUUGAUCCUUACAAGGUAGUCAGAAGUAUACAGGAAUCCUUAAGGAAGAGAUCUCCAAGAUAGUACUAUGUUGGUGCAACACUAUGAAUCAGUCAAAGAGAAAAAGUAAUAGGCUUCAGAGUUUACAUUCCUUUCAAGUAGCACUUGGUCAAGCAUGUUUUGAUGGACAAUGAACAAUCAGUAAUGGCUGUGUGAAGUCUUGGAUCUGAUAUUUUAUGUUUUAAAGCUACUGUGACACUUAUAUUGAUUGACAACUGUAACUAUUAUAUAUCUAAUGUGUCCAUUAUAAUGUCUAAUUAAUAUGUAUACAUAGUGGCAUUUAAAGAUUGAUUUUAAGUAUUUAAGCCCAAAAUAUUUUUUAUGUGCAGCUCUGAGAGCUAAAAAGAAUUAUAAAAUUUGCGAAAUAAUGAACGAAUUCGGUCUAAAUCCUAAUUAAUUUUACAAUCAUUUUCUAUUUCAAGUGUUUACUUAAGUUUUGUCGUAAUUAGCCGCAUCCAAUCAACUGGGACAACACAAAUGUAUCAUGAUCGAAGUUAAUUAUUUGAUAAUGGUUAACAUCAAGCAUUUCUAGGUCAGUGGAGACAACUUUGUCAGAAACAUGACCACACAUACAAACUUAUAGUAGACAUGUACAGACACGUUGUGUUGUGUUGAGACAAAAUGAGCUUCUAAGCAGGAAGAUGUGAUAAUGUUGUUUGUUAGUAUACAAACAUGACAGCUCUCAAGUGUUUGUAUUUUCAUACAGAACAGUAAAAAGAGCAGGUCAUAUGAACUAUCCUGUAGGCUUUUUAAUCGAUUAGUAUUUAAGAUAUGGAACUUAGUAGAUGGUUUCAUCAUAUCCUGGUUAUAUAUACAUGUAUAUAUUCUAUAUAUUGAAUAGGCUUAAGUUAAAAAAAAAACCUAGCUCAUUUGAUAGCAAUAAUGAAAGAGUUCCUUGCAUUAUUUGAAUCAAAAUAACAUUCCUUCAUUCUUGUAUCUUCAUUUCAUUUUAAAUUUCUCAAAGCAUUGGUAUAGUUUUAAGGGGAAAACAAAAUUUUUAAAUGUCUGGAUUUUUUUUGUUUGUUUCAUUAACAUUAAGAUAUUGUUUUAUUCAGUUUAGAGCUAGAGCUCUUCAGAAGCCAACAUUUUUUUUUUAUUUGGUUUAGAGCUAGAACUCUUCAGAAGCGAAAAAACUGUUUUAUUGGGUUAGAGGUAGAAUUCUUCAAAAGCCAAACAAUUGUUUUAUUCGGUUUAGAAUUAGAACUCUUCUUCAUUGCUACCCCUGGCUAUAGCAUAUUGGUAUAAAGAUAUACUUCUAAUAUAGAAUAAUAUAUUCUUGAGUCAUCGUCUCUAUAGAAGAAGCAACAUAACCAUAAAUAGUGCCAUUCAUUAUAUAUUUAAAAGUUUAACGUGGAGAGUUUUAUCACUUUGUAUUACUUGAAUCAGUAUUUUGUCUUUUUAUUUUAUUAGUAUUCCUGAUGCAGAAUUGAAUUUUGUUUGUCAAUCUAGUCUAAUCUUCAAAGUACUGCAAAAGAUCAGCAUUGGUUACUCAAUUUCCCCACUGGAAGGAGUAACCCAUUAAUGUUAAACAUUUUUUAAAAUUUGUAUAGCACAUGUAUCAUGCUUAUAUCUUGUUCAUUGCAAUCUCUUUUGUGGGAGAGGGGGGUAUCUGGGAGAAGGUUUCAGUGCUACCAUUAGGCGCUCAGCAAAACAAUUUGGCUCAGUCUGGAUUCCAACUCAAGCACCUCCCCCCUCCCCCCCACCCCCAUAGGUAGCCAAGCCACACAUAACCCAAAUUAGAUGUUCUUUUAUGCUGUAGCUGCAGGGGUGUUUACUCUAUCAUCCUUCUUUCAACCUUGCCCUUGUGGUCACUAUUUUUGCUGACCGUUACAUUUGGCACCUGCUUAUUGGCUGAAUCAUUUAGAAGGGGAACCAAAGCCUUUUGGAUCAUUUUGUAUUGAAAGUUAAUGGGUUUUUAAUGUUAUACAUUUCCUAGAUUAAUUGCCUUUAUAAGCUUUACCAUAUCCCAUCUACUAUACAGUUAGAGCCUAAGCAUAUGUCAAGUGCUGGAUUUUUAUUAAAGACUGUUUCAGAGAAGAUGGGUUUUUAUUAACACUGACGACCCCAGCUAGAACAAUGAAAACAUUGAAAUAAUUGGACCCUAAUAGCAUAGUCAUUGACACUAUUAAACUUCAAUCUUAUAACGGUACUCAUUGGAGAGAUUUUAAAUGCAACUCACACAAAUACUUUCAGUAACCCAGAAAAUGUGUUCUAAAUUAUUCCUAUGAAAUACAUCUACAUGGAAUGGGUUGCCUGAGCUAGCCAGGAAAACCAGUGACUUGGCAGAAUUUAAGUCAUUGGUUAAUAUGCAUGACGCGUAGGACGUAAUCAUCUUCUUUUUUUGAAGUAAUGUCUGUAUUAUAUAAGAUAAGAAGAUAAGAUAGUUUGAAAUUUUUUUUUUUUUCUGGAAGGGGGAGAGAGGGGGACAUUCUGCUGUUUCAGAACCUUUGUCUCAAAUUAACAUUUGAUUUUAUGUUUGCUGUUAGACUAUAAUAGACAUUAGAUUAGAAUUGCAAUCUGUGGAAUCGGAAUGACCCAAUGUUUGUUUUUAUCUAUAGCAUUGAUUGUUUUCUCUUCUAUUUCUUUGUGCCAUAAAACAAAUUGAAAGAUGAUGUUGAAAUUUGUGACUACAUUGAAGUAUUACAUUUGUAGUUGUAUGUAUACCAUCAAGAUGAUUAGUAUUAGUCAUGUGACUUGUUUUUUUUUGAUGUUUCUUCCUAUUUCAACCAAUAAAAAGUAAAGCUACCUCCCUUACUGUUUCUGAUUAUAAUCUCCCAAUGAUCAACUCUCUACCUAUUCUAUAAGUCAUCAGCCCUCCACCUAUUCAAUUGCUCUGCAAGUUAUCAACAUUCAUUUCCUGUAGUUUUCCAAGAUAGCCACCCCUUUACCUAUUCUAUUGUGCUGUCAAUUAUUGCCAUGGCAUUUAGUAACUAUAAGCCCCAAGUUUUAUUACUUAAGAAAAUGUCAGUGACAUUUUGGCCAUUCUUGCCCAUCCAUUAAACAUCUUUCAAUGGCAUGAAACUUGAGGAGUUUCUGAUUGUAAUACAUUUACUCAAAGCUUGCAUCCUUAUUGACUCCUCUGCUUGUGUUUAGAUAGGAUGCCUGGUUGAUAUUAUUAUCAAGUUCAAAAAAAUAGUCAAAGGAUGAUGGAGUUAUUAUGUACAUAAUUAAUUUAUUCAAUUUGUACACUUGUACCCAACUUGUAUGACUAGAAUGUGUAUUAUUAUUGAUAACUUUCAAUGUAACAUGAUUUGUUUUCUUGACCUAUUUAGUGAACUCAAGAGCAAUCACUGGCUUUGUUAUGUUGAAGCACUGACCUCUAUAUCAAUAUUUCUGACUGCCUUACACAAACUUUUUAUCAUAUCAUGUAGUUAGUGCUGAUCAUAUGUGUAUGGUUGAUUGAUUUUGUCACAUGCACAGACCUAGAUAUAUAGAUCUAUAGACUAGACAAGGCUUAUUAUUUGUAAUCAAAUUAAAAACAAGUUUUAAAAAGAUAAAAAAAAAAAGGUAAUUUCUUUUUUCUUUGUAGUUUUUUUUUCCUCGCUGGGAUACUGGUAAUGUUCAUUUUCUUUUAAGAUUUUGACAAAAAUCUUAAAUCUAAUAAUAUAAAGUGAUGUCAGCCAAAUUAAAAAGAUAUUAUUUUAUGAUUUCCAAUGAAGUAAUUAAGAAAAAUAUAAUAACAGUAAAACAAAGAAUAGUUCCUUCUUUGUUCUAGUAUGGAUCAAGGCUACGGGAAUUGUGUUGUAUUUAGAUUCUUAAAACGAUCAUAAGUUUUCUUUUGUCUUAAAUGUUUUGAACACUUAGAUCUAAUGCCGUAUUAAAAUAGUUCAAUAAAAUUGUCUAGUUUAUUCUAUUUAUCUGUGUCUCUGCAUAUACAUUCAAUAGUUUCAUACUUUAUGUUGGCUAGUAUUUUACCCAUGAAUAAGUAAUAUUCUAUGCCAGUUUGUACAUAGGUCAGUAAUCUUUGUUUUGUUUCAAUUAAACUCUUAGAGAUAUUUGUUUUCUAACAUCACAUUCGUUUUGCUGAAUGUUCUAUUAAGUAUUAAACAGAUGUUAUUUUAUACAGUGAAACCUGAUUAACAAGAACCAUGGCUUAACAGAAUAUUUGAUAUUGCAAUGCCAAGAUGUAAAUCUUUUUAAAAUUAUAUUAGUACAUUGCACAACACAUUACUAACACAUCUAAAUUACUGUAUUGCUACACUUUCACUCUAGCAACACACCAUGUUUUAAAUUUUCAGUAGAAUUGUCAAAAUUUUAAUUUUCUCAUGCCUGACACAUUGUUGUAAAAAAGAUAACUUUUUUUACUUUCAUGCUUCAAGCAUGCUCAGUGCACUAUGGUCCAAUCUCUUUUGUGGACCCUUAAGGGAGGGGGGUAUCUGGGAGAAGUUUUCCAUGCUGCCUUUAGGUGCUCAGCAAGCACAACACAGCUCAAGUCAGGAUUUGAACUCAAGCCCCCCUUGAUAGAUAGCCAACGAGGUCUAUGCCACUCACAUCCCAAUUUCUAAGAACAAAGUCUGAAUGGAGUGUGAAUGUUUAAUAGCAUUAACCGAGAGACCAUGCUGGAUAUGGUUUUGCAAUCUUUGGUUUUGAAUCUAAGACUGUCAAUCUCUCUUCCUUUAUGUCACUAUAUGUCUCUGUAUUCAGUGUCUUAGCUUUGAAGACUUUGUCUCUAGCCAUGGUAGUGACUUUUUGUAAGUCAUUCUGUAUCAAUCAAUGUUUGUUUUCUUAUUUUUGUAUAUAAGAGGGCUGUGAAUGUAACUCACUACAAAAGUAUUAUGCAUUGUUUUAGAAAUGACAGAAUAAAACAAAAAUGAUUUUUUUU